UACAACAUCUGAAAAGUGAGGCGAAGGUAUGUCUGUCGAAUCGUAAUUUGGUCGUUGUUGAGACGGAGUUAAACACCAGAAGACAGAAACAUAACUGGACGUUUAAAGUGGAUACAACACUGCGUUUGCGCUUAAAAAUCAUCCCAAUAUCGAGAUAUCAUCAAUAUGAUUCUAUGUAGAUCAGAUGGGCUGCGAUAUUUGCUGGUGGGGACAUUUACCUUUGACUGUGAUGUCCAACUGUAAAACCAUGAUGGGGGAAAAAUAACUGGAAACUGAAAAUUUCCUCUGGGGCAACGCUCUUGAAGCGCUGCAUCAGGACACAUACAGGCCAGGAACCAAACAUGUACACGUGUGAUGUCUGUGAUAAAGAGUUUAGUGACUCCUCUCAGCUAGAGGUACACACCAGGACACAUACAGGCCAGGAACCAAACAUGUACACAUGUGAUGUCUGUGAUAAAGUGUUUAGCGACUCCUUUCAGUUAGAGGUACACACCAGGACACAUACACUUGAUACCGGCGAGGAACCAAACAUGUACAUGUUUAGCGUGAAUGACGAAGAGUUUAGCAACUACUCCGAGUCACACAUUAUGACCCACACACAGGUGAGAAACGUGGAUGACGAGGAUGACAAUGCGCUAAGCCCUUUCAUAGACAAGGAAAGACACAUCAGUACUCAUACAGAAACAAGGUCACCUAUCGGUGAUGCCUCCUCUAGCGGGUUUACUCAGUCUGCCAGCCUCAAUCAGACUUGGCUAUCCAUACAUACAGAAGAUCUCCAUAAACAUAACGAGGGCAAGUGCUAUACAUGUGAGACCUGUGGAAGGACGUUUAGUCGCCCAUCUCGUCUACAGACGCAUAUCAAUAUACAUACUGGAGAAAAACCUUUCAGGUGUGAUGUCUGUGGUAACGGAUUUAUCCGGAGAUUUGACCUCCAGGCCCAUCUCUUGGUACAUACAGGAGAGAAGCCAUGCACCUGUGCUAUAUGUGGUAAGGUGUUUGGUCGAACGUCUGACAUAAAGAGACAUCUCCAAAUACAUACGGGAGAGAAGCCACACAAGUGUGACGUCUGCGACAAGGAGUUUUGUCGUGCGUCGUCGUUACAGAGACAUCAAAGGACACAUACAGGAGAGAAACCAUACAAGUGUGACGUCUGCGAAAAGGAAUUUUGUCAGGCAUAUAAUUUACAGACUCACCUAAGGACACAUACAGGGGAGAAACCAUACAAGUGUGAUGUGUGUGGUAAGGGAUUUGGUCUUAAAUCCAACCUACAAGCACACCUGACGAUACAUACGGGAGAGAAACCACACAAGUGUGACUUCUGUGGUAAGGAAUUUAGCCAAAAAUCUCUGUUAAAUAUACACCUAAGGACACAUACAGGGGAGAAGCCAUACAAGUGUGAUAUCUGUGGUAAGGGGUUUUGUCAGACCUCUAUAUUACAGAGACACCUCAGCACACAUUCAAAGGAGGCGCCCUACAAGUGUGGUGUCUGUGGUAAAGAGUUCAGGCAGGCGUUUAACCUACAGAGACAUCUCGGAACACAUACAAGGGAGAAACCACACAAGUGUGAUGUCUGUGGUAAGGGGUUUAGUCGGACAUAUACGCUGAAGAGACAUUUUGAUAGUACUCAUUCAGCAGAAUUGUUAACUUCAGUGUUAAAUCUGGGGCUGAAGGGCAAGGUGAGGAUCAUUAUACUCAGGGCUGAUCCACAGGGGGUUGAAGGGCAGGGAAAGCUUAACGAUUCCUAUAUCAGUAUGCAUGCAGCAGAACCAAAUGUGCCUGGUGACAUUGGUCUUGGCCAAUCAGCUGACAUUAACAAACCUGAAGAAAAGCCAACUGUUGUUGAUGUCUCUUGUAGAGAGUUAGAUCAGUCUGACGACGGUAUACAAAAACAACCGACAUUCAAAUGCGAUGUUUGUGGAAAUGAGUACAGUGCCGCAUCCAGGCUUCAGAAACAUCUCAAGAAACAUACUGCAGGGUACAAACCCUUUACUUGUGAAAUAUGUGGUUGGAAGUUUAGUCGGGCCUAUCAUCUCAAAACACACAGCAGUAUACAUACAGGAGAGAAACCAUUUAAAUGUGAUAUAUGUGGUAAAGAUUUCAGACAAGCUUUUCAUUUACAAAUGCAUAUCAGGACACAUACAGGAGAGAAGCCAUACACCUGUGAUUUCUGUGGGAAAAGGUUUAGUAGUACAUCAGAUCAAAAGAAACACCUCAGGACACAUGCCGGAGAAGAACAAAAUAUGUUCAAACCAGAAAUUUGUGUUAAAGAAGUUAGUGAUUCACCUCAGACGGAGGUUCGCGUUAGAACAUGUAUAAGCAAGAGUCCAAGGAUGUCUGAAGUGUACAAUACAGGGUUUCACCAAUCAACUGACAUGAAAAGGCCAACAAAGAGUCAAACCAGAGAAAAGCAAACUGUUGUUGAUGUCUCUUGUAGGGAGUUAAAUCAGGCAGAGGAAAUAAAAAUACAACUGCCAUUCAAAUGUGAUGUUUGUGGAAAUGAGUACAGUGCCUCAUCUAGGCUGCAGAAACAUCUUAAGAAACAUACUGCAGGGUACAAACCCUUUACCUGUGAAAUCUGUGGUUGGAAGUUUAGUCGGGCCUAUCAUCUCAAAACACACAGCAGUAUACAUACAGGAGAGAAACCAUUUAAAUGUGGUGUGUGCGGUAAAGAUUUCAGACAGGCUUUUCAUCUUCAGGUUCAUAUCAGGACACAUACAGGAGAGAAGCCAUACACGUGUGAUUUCUGUGGGAAAGGGUUUAAUAAUACAUCAGAUCAAAAGAGACACCUUAGAGUUCAUACAGGAGAGAAACCGUUUAAUUGUGAUAUUUGUGGUAAGGGUUUCAGUGUAUCAAUAAGUCUCCAGGCUCAUCUACAGAAGCAUAUGGGGGAAAAGCCACAUAAGUGUGAUAUAUGUGGCAAGGCCUUUAGUGUCUCAGCCUACCUACAGGCACACCUUAAGAUUCAUACAGGCAUGGAACCAAACAAUUACACAGAUAAUGCGGGUAACUGUGAGUUUAAUGACUCCUCUCAACUAGACAUGUACACCAGGACUCAUACAGGCCAGGAACCAAACAUUUACACGUGUGAUGUCUGUGAUAAAGAGAUUAGUGACUCCUCUCAGCUAGAGGUACACACCAGGACACAUACAGGCCAGGAACCAAACUUUUACACCUGUGAUGUCUGUGAUAAAGAGUUUAGUGACUUAUCUCGGCUUGAGGUACACACCAAAACACACAAAGACGAGGAACCAAACAUUUACACGCGUGAUGUCUGUGAUAAAGAGUUUAGUAACUUCUCUCAGCUAGAGGUACACACCAAAACACAUGGCGUGGAACCAAACUUGAAUACUUAUGAAGUCUGUGAUCAAGAGUUUAGCGACUCGCCUCAGCUAGACAUGUACACCUGUGAUGAAGAAUCCAGUGACCUGUCUGGACUACAGGUACACGUCAGCACCCAUAAAGACAGGGGACCAACCAUGUCUCAGUUCUGUAACCAAUCAAUUUACUCGGAAGUACCGACGUGGUGUCAAGCUGGAGUAAACGGCACUGUUUCCGGUGUCUGUGUCAGUGAGUUUGAUCAAUCCGAGGCUAUACAAAAACAACCGACAUUCAAAUGCGAUGUUUGUGGAAAUGAGUACAGUGCCGCAUCUAGGCUUCAAAAACAUCUCAGGAAACAUACUGCAGGGUACAAACCCUUUACCUGUGAAAUCUGUGGUUGGAAGUUUAGUCGGGCCUAUCAUCUCAAAACACACAGCAGUAUACAUACAGGAGAGAAACCAUUUAAAUGUGGUGUGUGCGGUAAAGAUUUCAGACAGGCUUUUCAUCUUCAGGUUCAUAUCAGGACACAUACAGGAGAGAAGCCAUACACGUGUGAUUUCUGUGGGAAAGGGUUUAAUAAUACAUCAGAUCAAAAGAAACACCUCAGAGUUCAUACAGGAGAGAAGCCGUUUAAUUGUGAUAUUUGUGGUAAGGGUUUUAGUGUAUCAGUGAGCCUACAGACGCAUCUCAAAAUACAUACAGGAGAGACGCCAUACAAGUGUGAUGUCUGUGGUAAGGGGUUCAGUAUCUCGGCUAACUUACAGACACACCUCAAGACACACACAGGAGAGAAACCGUUCAAAUGUGAUGUCUGUGGCAAGGGAUUUAUUCGAGCGUCUUCCCUGCGGAGGCACCUCCUUACCCAUACAGGGGAGAAUCCUUUUGAGUGUAAAAUAUGCGGUGAGGGUUUUAAUAAGACAUAUGACCAAAGGAGACAUCUACAGAUGCACAAAAGAGAGAAGCCAUUUAUGUGUGAAGUCUGCGGUAAGGGAUAUGUUCAUGAAUCUAGCUUCAGAAAACAUAUUGGGACACAUAGAAUGGAGAACGUAUACAAUAGUGAUAGUAGAGACGUCUCAUAAGCAGGAACUGACGUCAUUAGGAACUCUACCUUAUUAAUACAUAUAUAUGUAGCGGUAAAAAGUUUUAAACGUCCAUGUGAUGGUAAAAAAUAUAUAUAAAAUAUAACACUAUAAACAAAAGACUAAAUUUCGCUUGCACUCUCGCCCAUUUUGGGGCUCUUCAGGCAAUUUGAAUUUAGUGGCACAUGUAAAAUCUGUUCUUAAAUUCAUACUGUAUCUUGCCAUUUCAUUCUCAUCUCUACUCUGCAAAAAAAGAAAUCUUGACGCUUCCUCGCUGAUUACCUCUAAAUCGGUGAAAAUAGAACAAAGCUUGGUAACAAAAUCGUUCAACGUGAAAGUUUAUAGGGAUCUUAUUAUAACUCUUCAUGCGUUUUCACAAAUAGAUAACUAGUAAAGUACACAAGUGACUAGUGAAAAACGUAAAAUAUAUUUUUCUAUCACUACGUGAUGGCUGAAAAUUAAACUCAUAAGAAAAUAUCACAAAUAUGAAUGUUCUUUUAUGCGAUGACAGUCACGAGCUCGGAGGGUAAGGGUUCACGUUGUUGACGUACUCCAUGCGGGAGCAUGUUUACACUUCGGAAGUACUAUAGCUUAGUAUCUUGCUUGUGUUUGAUUAGUCUGACAAGAUUUGAAAGCUUUUGUUGAAUCGUCUGAAUCGAACUGGGACAAUGUUCGACCAUAUGCAAAGCGGCAGACUCCGUGUAACGACUGCUUUUGAAGAACACCGGAUAUGGCUUUUGAAUUUACGUAUUUACAUUGUUCCUGCGGGUAAAACGGCAAGGACUUUAUUUGGUCGUCGUGUUUCUGCCAACACUCUAAGAAAUCGCUUGAACACAACCCGAUUAAAAGCCUGGCACCCUUACAAAGGGCCAAUAUUGACACAAUGUCAAUAACCGUCAUUACACACCAUCGAGGGGUAUACGCCAAUGAAACAUGGCUCUUUUCACAGAUGGAUUCAGAUUCUGCUUGGCAGACGGUGAUUGGAGUUUCUGGGGACGUCGGGGUGAGCGCUUUGUUAAUUGCUGUAACAUUGACCAAACCAAAAGUACCAAACUUGCUGUAUUGCCAGGGACUUUGAAUCGAGGAGACGAAAGAUUGAGACUGGUAGUUCUCCCAGUUAGCGCUGACCUUUUUUUUAUACAACAACGCGCCAAUGCAUACCAGUUGCGUCCCCAGAAUUAUUCUGCAGCAAAACAAUGUUCAUGUGUUGGAUUGGACAUCUAAAUCACUGGUCAUGUUGCAACUAGAGCCCUUUUGACGUGUUAGGAAGCGCAAAUUGCAGCAGCUGGCAGAUGAAAGUGUUGACAGAUAAUGGGACAUCAUCUCUGCUCUCCUUAUCCGCCGGUUUACAAAAUCAAAAGGAUAACGCUGCAAACGAUAGUCAUAUACGCGGUAUUAAAACGUGUGACUUCGGAAACUCAACUUGCCCUGCGGUAACGUCUAAUAACAUCAAUUGUUAAAUAGUGCAGGAUUUUUUUUCUUGUUUUAUGACAAUUUAAUAAUAAUAAUGUUCUUCUCGUCUUAAAA